GUAACAUCCCGGUAACAUAGCAACGCAGCAGUGAAAACAGCUUUCCAAGAGCACAUCGACAAGAACGUGAAACAGAUUGCUGUUUAUGGUAGCAGCUUGCGUUAAAUAGUUGAAAAUGAGUUCAAGACAGGUUCAGCAAGUCUUUGAAAGGUAUCAAAAAGAGAGGACAGCUUUCGUCCAGAAAGUCGCGGAUCUCGCAAAUCAUUCGGAGAACAUCGAAACGCUACAGAAUGGAGGUGCAAUGGCUCUUUUAAGACCUCUUCUACUUGAUGUUGUACCCAGUAUUCAACAAACAGCCGCCUUGGCUCUUGGCAGACUGGCUAAUUACAAUGAAGACCUUGCAGAGGCUGUUGUGAAAGGAGACAUUCUACCACAGCUUGUGUACUCUCUGGCAGAGCAAAAUCGGUUUUACAAGAAGGCUGCUGCAUUUGUUCUUCGAGCUGUAGCAAAACACUCUCCCCAGCUGGCACAGGUAUCAUAAGUCAAUGGCUGUUCUGUUUAC